AUGGCUGGAAUUAUCAGGCCAAUGUGCAUUGUCCUCAUCGCCGCUAUCUUGGCUGCGGCAAUUUCCCCUCUGGGCGAGGCGACGAUAGGCUACUACACGGUGGUUACAUACCUGACUACAUGCCGGCCAUAUUUGACCAACAAAGGCUCUCUAGGCAAUUGUUGCAAUGGAGUUAAGGGUCUGUAUCGCAUAGCCAAGACUACACAAGAUCGUCAAAGCGUGUGCGGCACCUUGAAAUAUCUCGUUGGCUCAUACAAAGGUAUCCACCUGAACAAGGCCGCUGGACUCCCUAGACAAUGUGGCGUCAAUAUUCCUUACAAGAUUAGCCCUUCCACUGAUUGCUCGAAGUAUGUACAUGUUUUGGUGACCUGA